CAGGUCAGAUGUCCCUGCGGAGAGGAGUGAGGAGAGAUGGGGAAGACAGCUUCGCCUCAGGGUGUCAAUCACAUGUUGUUGUUUUUUUCUUUCUUCCUCCUCUUUUAUUCCGUCUUAUUUGCCUCCUUCUCUUUUCUUUCUCUUCUUUUUUAUCACUAUGCCCUUUGUUUUUCUUCUUCUUCUUCUUCUUCUUCUUGCUUUCAUUCUUCAGCUGCAGUGUUUGGACUAUUUUCUCGCUUCACCUUGAAAUAAAAGCUCCCAGCCAGCCUGUCUCCCGCGCCGCAACAAACCCAAAGCCCGACUGUGCCACCCCCCAGCCAGGGAGGGGAGGAGUCUACGCUUUCCUCCCGCAGAACUGAGUGUAUAACACUGUGCAGCCAGCCACAAUGUGUGUCAGAGGACUGUCUGUGCUCCCAAAGUAGAUGACUGCUCCAAAGCUGGUGUCUGUAUUAGUGACUGCGAGAUACGAGGGGAAAAAAUUGGUUCGCACGUUAUCAUCCCGAGUCAGGACAAGGUUUUGUGAUUGUGGGAUAGAAUGCCGGCGAUCAUAAGUAAAAACUCCGAUUUGGAGUUUGACUCCUUACAACCGUGUUUCUACCCGGAUGAGGACGACUUCUACUUCUGUGGUCCCGACUCUGCGCCACCGGGGGAGGACAUCUGGAAGAAAUUCGAGCUGUUGCCCACUCCGCCCCUCUCCCCGAGCCGAGCCGCGCUACCGGGGGAGCCGGCGACUGCCUCCCCGGAAGCAGACCCUCUCAGCUUCGGCUUGGGGGACCCACUGGACUGGGCGUCGGAGCUGCUGCUCCUGCCCGAGGACGAUAUCUGGGGGGCGUCCGACGAUGGGGACCUGUUCGGCUCCGCUUUGGAUACUAACCCCAACAGCAUCAUUAUCCAGGACUGUAUGUGGAGUGGCUUCUCCGCCAGGGAAAAGCUGGAGCGGGUGGUCACGGAGAAACUCGGCAAGGCUAUUUCCACGGCCACGGGAGGCGGCAGGAGCGUGUGCGUCAAGGCGCCGGAGGUGGUGAGCCGCAGCUCGGUGUCAGAGUGCGUGGACCCCACGGUAGUCUUCCCUUUCCCGGUCCACAAGAAGAACGGCAGCAGGGACUCAUCCGGGACCGUAAACACAUCCACGACCCACGCCAGCGCUCCCAGCGACUCCGAAGAGGACGAUGACGAUGACGAUGAUGAAGACGAAGAGGGAGAGGACGAGGAUGAGGACGAGGACGAGGAGGAUGAGGAGGAGGAGGAGGAGAUUGAUGUGGUUACAGUAGAGAAGAGGCGAUCCACAACCGUUAAGGCAUCACCCAUGGCGACGGGCACCGUCACCAUCUCCGUGCACCCAAGGAGCCAGGACGCCAGAGGAAGCGGGUCAGGGUCCGGCGUGGUGAGCCGCUUCGUCAGCAGGCCUCCUCAGGAGCUGAUCCUGAAGAGGAGCUCGGUCCACCAGCAGCAGCACAACUACGCAGCCCCCUCACCGUACGCCUCCGACGAUGACCCUACCCCGCCUCCGAAGAAGCAAAAGACAUCGGACGCUCCAAGGCCUCCCACCAGAACCAUCUCCUCAUCCUCCUCCUCUUCCUCCACGUCCUGCAGCUCGCUCAGCAGCAUGUCAGGGGCGCGCAGCAAGCGCAGCGCCAGCGGGGACAGCAGCCCGCGCGGGAGCUCCGACUCGGAGGACAGCGAGCGCCGGCGCAACCACAACAUCCUGGAGCGCCAGCGCCGCAACGACCUGCGCUCCAGCUUCCUGACGCUGCGCGACCACGUCCCGGAGCUGGCGCACAACGAGAAGGCGGCGAAGGUGCUCAUCCUGAAGAAGGCCACCGAGUACGUGAGCUCGCUGGAGACAGAGGAGAUGAGGCUCCAGCAGGAGAAGGACAGGCUCCAGGCCCGCAGGCAGCAGCUGAUGCGCAGGCUGGAGCAUGCUAGGACUCGCUAACAGACAACCACUACAACACAGAAACACUCACAUGUACCCUGGAUGACACCCACCCCCUACCCCCCUUCCUGCCUCCGCUCAGUCUGAAACACGAAUAGAUGCGCACACACACACAGGUUGAUACACUUAAAGCACACACACAUAGGCGCGCAUAUCUGUUCUACACACACAAACAUCUCAGAGGACGUUUUUUUUUCUUCAGAUGCUGACACUCAAACCUGGAGGAGGACGCGCGGGUGGGGGGGGUGGUCGCCGGAGGGAUGAUCGGACUUUCACUGCCGCCACUUUUUUUGCACAUUUGUUGACGUUAAGAAUGUUUAGGGUUUACUUUUUCAAUACAGUCACAUUGAGGAAAGAUUUUUUAAAAAAAAGAGAAAAGGAGGAAGGAGAGAGGACACACCUUGUUUCGGUCUUCACCCCUCCUCAAGUUUUUAUAUCAUUUCUAUUUGUAUCUUGUUUUUUUUUGUUGUUGUUGUUUUGGUUUUUUUUUGUACUCACUGUGACACCAGCCUGGAAUCAGGUGAUUCCCCCCACAGGGAUGGGGUGUCAGAGGGCACUUUGCUUGGAGAAUUUUCACAAGAAAGCAGUGCACACUUACUUUGCCUUCACCACUGCAAAAAACAAACAAAAACAAACAAAAAACGUAAAGUAACAAAAAACUGAAGAGACUCUGACGACUGAGGGUCACGUAAACGAUGCCACUACAGGUUCUCUUCCUCUCACUCCUCCCUCACACUGGUGCUCAAAAACCAAGUCAGUGGAUGUAUAACUGUGCACCUUGCUAGCCGACACUUUUGUAAAUAACAAUAGUGUACAGACAAAAAAAAAUACACUCAGAUCUGCCUUGUUUUGUAAUACAUUUUGUCCUUGUUUUUUUAUACAUGUCAGGAAGCUGCCAAUAACUAGACUGGAAGUUUAUAUACCUUUAAAGUACUGUAAAGGCCUCGAUUUUUGAGAGUCAUGAAACUUUGUAAUAUAACAAUAUAUUGUCUUUUUUUUCUCCUUCUCUUUUACUUUGUAUUGUAUCAUAUUACUAAUUCUACACACCUUUAUGCUUUUAGUGUGAACCUGAUACAUACUAAAUUUGAUACUUAUAUUUUCGUAUGAAAAUGAGUUCCUGGUAGAUAUCACUUUAUCUCGUCAUUUUUUUUCUCUCCUUCUUAUAUCAAAAAUAAUUCUUUUGUACAGCAAAUGUGUUCUAUCCUCAUGUACCUGGAGUUGUUUUUCUUUCCCCCUCUUCCUCUUUUGUUUAUAUUUGUAACUAUCGGGUGCAUAGAACUGGGUAAACGGAUAUAAGAUGUUUGUUUUUUUCACUUUUAAAAUGUACAUUUAGUGCUGCAACUCAUAGCACUUUGAAAUACCUCAUUUUGAAAAAUAAAUAGACAUCAGAAAAUCCUCA